AUGGCCGCGCCCAACGGCUGCGGAAAACCGGACCGAGGAUGCCGCCGAGAGACGCGAAAACAAAGAGCAAACGCGCAGAGCCGACAGCAGGUGAAUGCCUCUCGCCAUGAUAUAGAGGAUGCAGAAGAAAGUGCGUGGGCUGCGACUAAGGAUAUAGGUGCUGCAGAAGAAGCACUAUUUAACAUGGAUGAAGACGAAGACCUGCAGCAAAAGAGUGCAAAUAUUGUCAGCGAAACAAUGGCUCUUCCUGCUGCUGAAAGCUUAGACUUAGGAUUAUCUGUUCUCUUCCGUUAUAUCAAAGACAUCUGCUUCCAAAAUGGGAGCUUUCAACUUAAUAAAGCAAAGGAUUUAUACAAAGAGCUUCUUGCCAUAUUUGACAAGCUCAUCUUACCAACCCAUGCUUCCUGUCAUGUCCAGUUUAUCAUUUUUUACAUCUGCAGCUUCAAACUGGGUCUGGCAGAAGCAUUUUUAGAACAUCUUUGGAAGAAGCUGCAAAAUCCUAAUCAUGCUCCAAUUAUCAGACAGACUGCUGCAAGUUAUAUUGGAAGUUUCUUGGCUCGGGCAAAGUGUAUUCCCUUGGUGACAGUGAAGGCUUGCCUUGAUCUCCUUGUGAACUGGAUCCAUGGUUACAUAGAUAAUCAGGAUGCUGGGAGCAGGGCUUUCUGUGACAUUACCUUCCACGGGCCCUUCUACGCUGCUUGCCAGUCUGUCUUCUAUAUUCUGAUUUUCCGACAUAAGCAGCUUUUAGAAGGCAACUUGCGCAAAGGUCUGUCCUACUUGCAAGGUCUGAAUUUUGAAAGAAUUGUAAUGUGUCAGCUCAACCCUCUGAAGAUUUGUCUUCCUUCAGUAGUUAACUUCUUUGCUGCAAUCACAAGGAAAUAUCAGCUGGUGUUUUGUUACACUAUCAUCGAACGCAACAAUCGACAGAUGAUCCCCAUUGUGAGAAGCAGCAGCGGAGGUGAAACUGUUCAAAUGUGCACCAAUCCACUAGACAGCUUCUUCCCCUUUGAUCCUUGCAUUUUGAAAAGGUGUAAAAUACAUAUAGAUCCAAUUUAUCAGCCCUGGGAAGAGUCUAAUGCUGAGGAAAUGAAAAGACCCCAAAAGCCAGUUAAGCCUGGUGCCACCCCAGACGAUGAAGAUGAUUUCCUCAAAGGAGAGACACCUCAGAAUGACAGUUCGGUUGAGAUGGCACCGGGUUCCUUUGACCUUUUCCUGAAGAGCCCAGCAAGCAGUGUGGGCUCCCCACCUUACAAGUUCCUUCAGCGGCCGUUCUGACCCUUAUCAAGCACUUGAAUUCCAAAGCACUCACCUCAAGUAGAUAUCUCUUGAGGCACAGACGGUGUCAGAAGCUGUCACCGGCUAUGUGGUAGCUGGGAAGGUUGGCACCGGUUAUUUAUGGACGGCCACGGCUGUAAGAACUCCCUUUUUGUUUGGUCAGAAUUGUCCUGGUUGGUCUUAAGGGGCCUUCAAAGCUUGUUCAUUGAUACCACUGAUGGGUUUAUUUGUGCAAAUGCAUAGGUGGUGGGUGCGAAGGUAUCAAGAACUUGUUGGUUUGAAAUGUAACCCGCAUGAUACUUGCCAGUCACCCAAAGGACAUUGCGUCAAGUCCUGAUAACCCAGGCUGCAGAUCCAUAUAAUCAUUAUAUUUUUCUAUAUUGUGUCUCCCGUGUUCUUACACACAGCUCGACAGUGCAAUAAUAAUGUGUAUAAUAAUGUCCUUGUUCUACAUGAAGUAAGGGGUGGCCAGUAUAUGUAUGUAGGUGUGCUGUUGAGGACUGGCCUCUCCACUAUGAUCAGUGAUGCACCUUGUGUCUCUUUUGUUAGAUAUAUUACAUUGGUGCAGAUUUACUAAACCCUAUAGAUGGUGUAAGCUUAGUCAGGCUGUUUAGACCUGCACAAGAUCUAUCACAGGGGCUCAGGCUGGACGAUACAUCUGCUGCAAGGAUAGACACUUUUCUCUGACUCUAUACCAACUAUGGUUGGGUUACUUUAAGACAGAAUUUUGUGCCAGAAUUGUGGUGCAAUUUUGGCGUUGAUUGGUAAGCCCUCACUCUUUGUAGGGCUAAAAGGCGAAUAAUUUCUGCAAAAUGUGUGACAACGUGCCUCAUUUUGGAGCAAUUUAGACCAGAAAAAAAGUGUAACUGUAGGCCAAUGUGCACAUACUCUGAAGGAGAACUUAAUUUUGUGUAUUGUUACCCUGGCUGGUCUGACCAUGCGAGUGCAUAGAUAUCUGUCAUUACUGUAUACCUCUAGAGCAGGGAUGUCCAACCUGCGGCCCUCCAGCUGUUGCAAAGAUACAACUCCCUGCAUGCCCGGACAGCCUACAGCAGGGCAUGGUGGGAGUUGUAGUUUUACAACAGCUGGAGGGCCGCAGGUUGGGCAUCCCUGCUCUAGAGCAUGUGGAUGAUGGGUAUAAACCCCGUGUUUGUGUGGGUUUCCUCCAGGUUCUCCAAAGACAUGAUAGCCCCAUUGGGGACAGUGUGAUACUAGUGUCUGUAAAGUGCUGCGGAAUAUGUCAGCGCUAUAUAAGUGAGUAUAAUAAUAAUAAGCACACAGAAUCUAGCUACAGUUUCCAUGUGUAAUGUGUAUUUAAACCAUAAUGAAAUCAAUCUGAUAUUUUAAGCAUUUAGCUGUCCGUUGCUCCAUGAUCAUAUGGUCAACAGGAGCAACAGGUCUUGGUCAUCUGCACAGGAAUUACUGGGUCCCCAGUGUCAUACUGGGAAAACCAGUUUUUAAAGAGGUUGUCCACCGGGGCCUUUCAGCUGGACCUGCAUCCCCGUGUCACGUGUUGCAUGGGGGACAUGUCAUUACAGCAGUCGCGUGACCCCCGUCAAACAGGAAGUUAACGACUGGAGUUUGGAUGCGGGGGAUGAAAGACCAAAAGGCCCCUGAAGGUGGACAACCUUAUUGUGUAAAAUGUUUCGUUAUCGCUAGGGUAUGCCAUCACUUUAUGAUCAGUUGGGGCCUGACAUUUGGGAUCCCCACUGAUCCUGAGAAUGAAGGGACCACAGUGAUCAUUUAGUUGGGAAAGGGGUGCAGAACUAAAUCUGCGCUCUGGCCUUGUCAUUGGGGUCCCAGAAGUCUGACUUCCACCGAUCAUAAAGUGAUUGCAUAUUGUAUCAGUGUGUCUUCAUUUUACAAGAUAAGAGUACCCCUUCAGUUGGCGGUAUUUAUUACCGCCCAAUGGGUAAUUUCAUCAGUUUUCUGCUGUAAUUGCAUUCAAACUGUGUUUGUUGUAAGCACCAUAUUAACGGGGUUUUCUAGGACUUAACUAUUUAUUCCUUAGGAUAUAUCAUAAAGAUCAGACCAGUGGAGAUCCAGCUCCCGUCACCCACACCGAUCAGCUGUUUUCAGGAGCCGUGGUGCCAGAAACGGGCAUCGAAACCCACAGCUCCAUGCACUGGCCGUGUCUGGU